GGGCGGUUCAUCCCAACUAGAACCCAGCUCCUAAUGCCACUGUCUCUACAACCACUGUCAAAAUAACAGCAAAACCUUACGUCUGUUUGUUUGCAAAGAGCUUUAAAAUUUUUAUUAAAGCUAACGUUAAAAAAGUUAUAUAAUACCUAGGUUGAGAAGAGCGUGUACAUCUGGGUAUAGUGCUUAGAUUAUUCACAACUACAACGUUUGUUUUUAAAGUCAUAAUUUACAUAUAGUACAUAAUCAGCAAUAACCCAAAUUUAGAUUAACCUUGAACCUGCUCCAUAAGAACAGUACUAAAGUAGAACCCCUCUAUCAGUGUAAGUUUCUCCAUACUACUUUGUCACGGAAAGGACUGGAGGAGUUUUUUGAUGACCCAAAAAACUGGGGAGAAACUGUAGUUAAAUCUGGGGAUGAGUGGCAUGCAAAACACCUAAGAAACAAGAGUAAUGAAGAUUUGCACAAACUUUGGUAUGUCCUACUGAAAGAGAAAAACAUGCUUUUAACUCUAGAGCAAGAAGCAAAGCGACAAAGUUUACCUAUGCCAAGUCCGGAACGAUUAGAAAAGGUGGAAAAGUCUAUGGGAAGAAUAAACUUAGUUAUUAAAGAAAGAGAAGUUGCUCUGCGGCUGUUACAAACAGGCCACGAAAACCCGCGACCUGGCGAGUGGCGAAAUGACUUCUUAGGACGCACUUACUGGUACAAUUCCAAAGAGUGGCCAAUACCUUGGUACCUGAACAAAAAAUACAACAGGAGGAAAUUCUUCUACUUGCCACAUGUGAAACAUUUCAUCAGACUCAGAAUAGAACAACAUUUGAAAAAACAAGCAAGGAUGAAAAGCUUAGAAAAAAAGAAACAGUUCCUUUUACAAAAGAAAUUCCCUCACCUUGCUGCACAAUCACAAAAUUAAUAUCAAGCUGGAAGCGUGAUGCAAGUAAAAGUUUUAUUGCAGUAGUCUUAAGAUCCUACAUAUGACUGGCAUGUAGUGUGAACAUAUUUUCAGUGGGCAGCAGAUAAAGAACAGGGCUGCCUGUGAGGGUUUUUUGUUCUUUGAUCUUUCUUUUUCCCUGCCCAAAUAAAGCUCCUCAACCCUAAAAAUAAAAUUCAUAACUGGGUUGAGAGACCUUCAGAGCAAAACAAUAUAAAUUUGUACUGAGUCAUUUAACUGAUUGAUAAAAUAUUACUUUUCCAGAAACCAGGUGCUGAAAAUUAAUGUUUUAAUAUUACGUGUCAUUUACUAUAAAGCUGAACUGUAUAUGCUUAAUAGUAAAAAAGCAUCUGCAAGAGAGAUUCCAGUCAAGGCAGUUGUAGACGUGUGUCUGCUUUAGCUUUUAAUAAAGAGGUCUUCUCUCC